GGCCCAUACUAAAAAAUGACAAAUCCAAUCCACUGGGAAUUGGAAGUUCCACCCUCACUUUCUCUCUAUCCUUUUGCUUCUGCAACAUAUGGCAUCCAUAGCUGACAGCUCCUAAGGAUUAAAACCCGUUCAGAGAUUUUUCAAAUUUGCAAGAGAUUGUACAGUGGGAAAAUGUAUUGUGACAAAGGUUUCUUCAAUUAGAAUCGUUGCACGUUCCUGGUUCAUGUAAAUUGCUUGCUCAAAGGAUUGGCAAUUGAAGAAGACUAAUGAUAGUGAAUUCCAGAUAUUGUAUUCGAUGUCAGUUCCCCUUAUCAGGAAUUGAUCAGAUCACAACUACUGAAGCAGCUUUGUUGUUGGGGUUCGGCUUCCCUAAUUGCAAAACUUCUCUCUUGUGGAAGAAAAAUUAUGUACAUCAGACGGUGGCUAUACAUACAUCCAAUGUCAAGUUCUCCUACAAGCAAAGUAGACAACCUUUAACUAGUUCCAAAACAACUGAGAAGAAAAUAAUCAAGAAGGCAGGAAAGAAAGAUCACCACUUAUGGCAGAAAAAGGACUCUGCCGGGUCUGGGCAAAAGGCACUCAAUCUCGUCAGAAUUGUCUCCAGUCUUCCUAAUGAGAAAGAGACCAUUUUUGGAGCAUUAGAUAAAUGGACAGCUUGGGAGACAGGGUUUCCAUUGAUUGCAGCAGCGAAGGCCUUGAUAAUCUUAAGGAAGAGGAGUCAAUGGGUUCGUGUAAUUCAAGUAGCAAAGUGGAUGUUGAGCAAAGGCCAAGGAGCAACAAUGGGAACGUAUGAUACCCUUCUGCUGGCAUUUGAUAUGGAUCAGAGGGUCGAUGAGGCUGAAUCACUGUGGAACAUGAUUCUGCACACGCAUUCACGCUCCAUCUCAAGGCGGUUGUUUUCUAGGAUGAUUUCUUUGUAUCAUCAUCACGACAUGCAAAGCAAGAUAAUAGAGGUAUUUGCAGACAUGGAGGAGUUAGGUGUAAGACCAGAUGAAGAUACUGUCAGGAGAGUGGCACGUGCUUUCCAGGAAUUAGGGCAAGAGGAGAACAAAAAACUCUUUUUGAGAAGAUACCACUGUAAAUGGAAGUACAUUCACUUUAAGGGUGAAAGGGUUAAAGUAAGAAGCACUAAUGCAUGGGAUGAAGAUAAUAACUUAAGCAACUGAGAUGGACUGGCUGGCAUUUAGGAAGCACAAUGUGACCGUGAUAUCUGUUUUUCUUCUCUUGUUUUCACCCUUGGAUGAAGAUAUGUACAGAUAUAGGGUAAGAUCCAUUGCUACAAGCUUCAGUAAUAUUCCGCUGUAAGAUAUGAGGAUUCUGUAUGCAUCCCUUAGAUUUAUAUAAGUCAAGAUCUUAAAUA